CCAAAAAAGGCCUGAAGAGAGACUGAGAAGCAUAAAACUUUUGCCAGAUCUUGCCUGUAUUGUUAAUUCGUCUUCAGCAGAGCAAAUUAACAAAGAUCUGUCAACCAGCAGGUAUUUCCUCUGCCAACUGAAGGACAUUCAUUACAUGUUCGCCUUGCGGCUGUGUUUCCAUCUGCACAAUCAGAGGAUCAAUAAUAACUUCUUGCAGGACAUUCAAAAAAUGUCCCAAAAAGAUGUGCACCUAGGGCUACAUGGACACCUAUUAAUAGGUGUGGAUGAGGAAACAGACAAAGAGAUGUACCAAAGAACAUCUGCAAAGUCAUUAACUGACCCGCAAGCUGUACCAGACAAAGUUGAGGAAGAUAUGGAGAGUUUCACUGUGUCAUUGUUUCCUAUAAGUGAACAAAAUAAGGACAAGCUGAAACAACUUUACAUUUCCUGGAGGAGGGAGAGACAAAUAAUUCACAGAUUUUCAGCAUAUGCAACACUGUAUAUUGCAGACUUAAGAAGUGUUUGCCCCUCUUCUCUUUUAGAGGAAGACCCAAACAAGAACAUGCCUUGGUUAAAUGAUAAUGCAGUGAACUGUCGUCUUGCACAAAUUGCAGCAGAAACUCAGAAUGUUGUUGCCUUAUACACAGAGGUGUACAUUUUGUUGUACAGAGAGUGGACAAAAAACAAAGCCAUUUCAAGGUCACAUGUGGAAGAUCUUGAGGACUUUCCGACUGCUAUUGGAGAAAGAGAGGAAGGUGAAAUAGAGACCAACACCUGCAUGGCCCAGGACAUAAAAGCAUGUGUUUAUCAAAACACGGGAAAUAAAACCCUGCAUCCACACAUCAAACGGAUGAAGUGGGUUCAGUGUGAUCUGUGCAACAAAUGGUUACACACUGAUUGUGCUGGCAUAGACCCUACAACAAUUCGCAAAGACACGCCCUUCAGCUGUGGAUGUGAUCAACAACCAUAUUCUUUUCAAAGCACCCUCACAGCUUUGAAACAGGGACUUUUGGUUGAUACAGUUGUGGAGGAUGAAGAAAUUGUGAAACUUCAUCAUGACCUCACAUCUGGUGCUGUUAGAUCACACACAAUGUUUUUACAUAAACAUUCCAGUUAUGCACCCAAACUGAAAAACCAAUGUAACCUACGGAUCUCCGUUUUUGAUCAAGAACAGACUGAAGGAAUCAUUGACAAGGUGUACAGUGUUUUGGCAUUGGAAAAAACAGAUUUAUCUAGCCCUUCGUAUGCUAUGGAAGUCAUGACACCUGAGAUAACCAUUCUGAUUCUCAGAAAGACAGAGGGGAUCCACAGAUUCCAAGCGGAAAUGGCCUUUGCAACUUGUAACAGCUUUUAG